GCAGCAUGACGUGGAAUGGGGGGAGUAGGGUUUAGACGAGAGUGAUCGCUUUGGCAAUGGCGAGCGAUGAGGAGCCGGCUUCUCAUCAAUCUGUCGUCAUUCGAGCACUGGUUGGAGCGCUGUCUGAUUCCUCGGACGCGGUCAGGGAAGCCGCGACGAUAUCACUUUGCAAGGAUGCUAGAGGAAGCGCUCAUGUGAUUUUGGAUUGCUGCCUCACGAGCUUGAGAACUGUUAAACGGCGUGGAGGACAAGUAGCAGUUCAUCGAUCAAGUGUCUUGAACGUAAUGGCGAGAACAAUCCGCGACAUGGAAAGGAUGCAGCUAAGCGAAGACAAGAUAAAAUCCAUGGUGAAAAUCUCCUUCACUGAGAUGACGAGCUGCAAGGAUCUGGAUUCAAGCUGGGAACACGCAGCAUCGAGUCUGCUGGUUGCAGUUUGUUGUCAAAUGCCAAGCUUGGUUAUGGAAGAAAUAUUUUUGCAACUUGUCGGAGGCUCGGUGCCGGUGUUGGCAUUGGUUCAAGCUCUUGCCGAGUUCUCGACAAUUGAUGCUGUCCAGUUCGUCCCUCAUAUGAAAGGCGUGCUUUCUCGCGUUUUACCUCUUCUUGGUGGAAUUAAGGAUGCGCAGAAAAAAACGUUUGCUGAUGCUUUUGCGUGUUGGAGUGCCGGGAUGAUCGUGUAUGUUGAAAAGUAUCCGUCAGCUCCGUACCUUGGUCCUGAUAUGCAAGCUCUUUUACACUCUGCAUUUGAUCUUUUCCUGGGAAGAUGGCUCUUGGCUCGUGAUGCAAAGGUUUCUUUGGCUACUGUGGAAGCUUUGGCUCAAAUGUUCCCUCUCAUAAAUAAAAUUCAGUUAAAAUCGGCGUUGCCUAAGCUCGUGCCUUCUAUCUUAUCAGUGUACAAGAAAGACUCCAGUAAUUGUUUUCCAGUUACCCAUGCUCUUCACAUGCUUUUGGAAGUGGUUUUACCGAGUGGUCAGCCGAUGCUAGAGUUUCAGGCUGUUGUAUCUAUUCUUAAUACGAUUUUGCCUAUGGCUUCUAUCUACUCUCGUAAAGAACGAAAUGGAGAGGCCUCUGCAAUUUUAAAGAAUUUUAACGAGGUUGCUACUUGCUUCGUAAUUAUUGGAACUGCCUUUCCGGAAGACCUUUUCAACUAUCUACUCUCUCAGCGUUUGAAUGCCAAAGAAAUGGAAGCAUCACUUGGAGUUUUUUUGAUACUCAAACAUUUACUCCCUAGACUUGCUACAAGCUGGAAUGGUAAACGUUCCACUCUACUCGAGGCUGUAAAGGUCUCGCUGCAGGAGCCAAAUUUGAACUUGCGGAAAGCUUUGGCAGAGCUCGUUGCGAUCAUGUCAGCUGUUGGGUUUUUGCAACAAGAUAACGACAGGAUAUUCUUAGAGUUUUUAGUUAAGCAGUCAGCUAUUACUGAUUCUGAGGUAAAGAUCCUGCACUCACAGCAGGAGGCCCUGGAAAUAGCGUUGGGCACGCGAAAUGCUGAAAUUCAUCAAAAUCACCUUCGUCUAAAAGUUGGAUUCGUAUCGCCUUCAGAGCUGCGGGUUGUGUCCGAUAAAAUUUUAUAUUUGCUGGCAAGCACAACGCCUCAUAUGGAAGAGCUUAUGUGGCCAUUUCUACUGAAAGUCUUGAUUCCGCCAUGCUUUACAGGAGCGAUAGCCACGCUUUGCAAGUGCAUUUGCGAGAUUAUCAAGAGGAAAAAUGGCAAAGGCGAACCAGUCUCUGUCGACUAUAGAUUGCAACCCGACGUUCCACGACCAGAGGAAGUGCUGGGAAGGUUGAUCGUUCUUCUGCAGAAUCCCCAUGCGAGGAAUCAUCUUGCUGCAUCAAUUUUGACGGCUCUUUUGAACAUGUCCUCGCUGUUUCCAACCGCUGUCCAGUUGCUAUGGGAAGACGAGAUUCCAAAACUAAAAGCAUAUAUCAGCGACUCCGAAGAUGACUCAUGGCAACAAGAAACAUGGGAAGAAAUGAUAUUACACCUUCUGUCAGAAUCUGUGGACGUUAUCAGCAGUUCUGAAUGGACUAUGUCUAUGGCUAAUGCUUUGUCUGGCCACUACUGUUUAUACGAAGGAGAUAAUCAACAUUGUGCCUUUUUGCACAGAUGCCUUGGUGUGGUUCUGUCCAAAGUUGAUAACAGAAGCUUUGUCCGGGAAAAGAUCGCCACAAUGUAUAGGCAAUCCAACGUUGCAGACACAGCUAAUAGGCUUGGUCUAGCUAUGGGAAUGGGCCUGGUAGCAGCUUCUCAUUUGGAUACCGUUCUCGAAAAGCUGAAAGAUGUGCUUGAGAAGGAGAGUAGAAGAACAAUCACGAGGUUCUUGGCUUCCUUCUUCGCUCAAAGAGAAAAUGAUGUGGACAAUAUCUAUGCGGCAUUAGCUUUGAUGUACGGUUAUGCUGCUUCUUAUGCUCCAUCCACCGUUAUUGAAGCUCGAAUCGAUAAGCUUGUGGGAACAAAUGUUUUAUCAAGGCUACUUGAUGUGAAAAGUGCCGCAGCUAAGCAAGCCGUUAUCACGGCUAUCAAUCUGCUGGGCCAAGCUGUUAUAAAGGCUGGCGCCCAUGGGGUUCCAUUCCCUUUGAAGAGGCGAGAUACAAUGCUGGAUUAUGUUAUGACGUUAAUGGUGUCCCAAACUUCUAGUUAUGUUCUUGCCACACAAAGUUUACUAGAAGCGGAUUCACUCCGAACACAGAACUUGGCGAUAAACGCAUGCACCACCUUGGUAUCUGUUGAGCCUAAGUUGACAUCUGCAUCAAGGGAUCGUAUACUUGAGGCUACUUUGAGGUUCUACACGCUACCAGCAGAACCUGCACCCGUUGUUGAUUCUGUUUUGUCAGAUUUAACGAACUUGCUUUGCGUAAUUCUAAGAACCAGUGGGGAAGAUGGGAAGAGUAGAGCGGAUCAAGUUCAUCACUUGCUCAAUAGUCUUGACCAAUACAUCUCUUCACAAGUUGAUCACCACAGAGAAAGAGCUUGUAUGUCAGUACUUGCGCUAUUGCGAGAGUUCCGAACAUUCUGUACUGCAGGUUGUAGUCACCUUUUCCUAUCUUUAUGCUUACUUUACAAAGUUGUUUCAGGUACGCCUCUUCUUCCCUCACGCGACGCUUUGAUUCUUGGAAAGAGAGUGAUGAUGUAUUUACCUCGUUGUGCGGAUGUUUCUUCCUUGAUACGAAAGUCGUCUGCUCAGAUUAUUGACCUUCUCUUCAGCAUUGCUUUAACUUUGCCAAAACUUGGGGGUUCCUCAAGUAUGGAAAGCAGGCAAGUUUCUUUCGGUGCAUUAUCCUCACUAGAAGAGCUCAUUGCUGUUUCUAAAUGGGAUUCUACUGCUGAGUUGGCUGGAACGUUACAGCAAAUUGUUGGCGCUGUUAGCAUCCUUUUGACCAAUGACGAGUAUGUGUCUGCUUUGCAGUAUUGCAACACAGCUAUCUGUGAUAUAAUCCCUCAAUGUGGGGAGGGUGCUACUUUUGCUGUCAAACAGUUAAUUCUGGAGAGAGGCAAUCAACUCGGCGAGCGCGAUAUUCCUACUAUAACACAAUCGCUGUUUAAGGCUGCCACAUCUGUUGCGGAGGUUGGAAGGCGUCAGAAAGUGCUAGAAACCGUGUGUUCUCUAGCACAAGAAACGCAAUCCAGAAUAGUUAUGAGUGAACUUUUAGCUGCAGCAGUCAGGGAGGCGCAAGUUAAGGAUUCACUGAAACAAAAAGGAUCAUGGCCGAUAGACGAAGCCUUUAAAGCAUUUGCGAACCAUGUGGAUUUGGCAUUGCCAUUUCUCGACUAUUUGGUGUCCGUACUGGAUCAAACUCCAGUUCUGAAGGACGACACGGACAAGAACGAGCAGUCUUCGCAUGCUCCUCAUAUCAUCGACUAUUUUCCAAUAGCUGCUGUCCGGGCACUGACAACAGCUUUCAGAGUAGGAGGGGAUCCCAUCAGGAAAGCUCUUGAACAACGUUAUGCAACAGUUUUUUGUGCGCUCUUGCUUCAAAUUGGAGGCUCACAUGGCACUACUGGUUUGGAUAAGCAAGCGUCAAGGGACAUUAUUCUUGCGUUCAAAACGUUUUGUAGAUUUGUUGGGGAUUUGGACAUGGAGAAUGUUGUAGAUAGCAGCAUUGACGAGCUCUUGACUGAAGGAUACUGGAUCAAAGCCGUUGGAAAAAUUGCGCAUUGCGUUGCUUUGACACACCCGAAAAAAGUUGGUGCAAUUUGCAAUCUUCUGUGGCCUGUUCUCAAAAGAGACUACGUUUUCCAAAGGAUAGCAGCUGCCGCCGCUUUAUCGGAAUAUGUCAAAACCAGUAGGGGGACCGCUGACGUUUUGGAACAACUUGUUGGAGUCUUGAGUCGCCAUAUUGGAGAUGAAUCUCCUGUAGUAAGACGCUUAUGCGUCGAAGGCCUUGUUCAGGUUCCCCAUGACGAUAUGGCGCAAUACGCACCGCAGGUGUUGGGUGUAAUCGUUACUCUGAUUGACGACGAUGUGGAAUCUGUAUCGUAUGCCGCCGUGCAAGGUCUCCCACUGGUGCUCGAGAUAACAACAGAAGAGACAGUGGUUCCGGUUUUGCUUAACCUGUGUGUACGUUUAAGAUCUCUCCAGACGAGGGAGAGCGUUCAUAUGAGAGCAGCAUCGUUUGGUGCACUUGGGACGCUAAGUGCUUUUGCCACUGGAUCGCAACUGGAUGCAUUUCUGGAGCAAAUGCACUCAAUCCUCCCGCGUGUGCUUUUGCAUAUAAAUGACGAGGAUUCAUCUGUCCGACAAGCAUGCAAGACAACAUUCAAGAGAAUCGCUCCUCUCCUUCAGGCUGAAGAGCUCAAACAUGUGGCGAGACUCGACUGCAAGGAAUCGGACAACAGGCUGUAUUACGACGCGUUCUUGAAGGAAAUAACGAGACAUCUGAUAACUCGAUUUUCAGACAGAUUGGACACAUACUUGUCCUGUGCAAUCCAGGCGUUUGAUUCGCCAUGGCCGCGGGUCCAAGCCAACGCUGUUUCGUUUGUAGCCUUUAUGUUGUCACAGCUCGAAGAUCAAAGAUCCUCCUCGAUUUACGUGCCACAGGUAGUGACACUGCUAAUGCGAGCUGUCGAAAAUUCGCCCAGCCAGAUUGUAAGAGCCCGAUCGGCAUGGGCUCUUGGAGUUCUUCUUGAGCAGCUUAAAUUGUCAUCAAGUUUUAGUGGGGACGUUCUUGCAGGAUGUACAUAAUGUGAAUUAUAUGACGUUAUGAAAUUUAAUUCAAUCCUACAUACAAAUAACUUCGUGAAUUUCUAAA